UUUCAGGUUAUUUUCCGUAAAUGACACACCCAUCCAUCCAAGUAUCCACUCGCUUGUAGCCGGUUGUAGCUCUCGUAGAAUCGUACUAUGUCCAACAAGCUCUCUUUUCUUUCUCUAUUAUGCUUAGUGGCCGCUGUGUUGUCGCAGAGAACAACACAUCAUUACGUUACACUAACUAGUAAGAAGACCAAGACCAUUUCUUCCUGUUGUGACAUUGAAAAUAUCAAAACGUACGAUUUUCCUAACAUACUAAAGGAGAGAGUUCCUGACACUCCAACUCAUGCUACAGUCAAAGAAUACAUACUCUCACGCUUGCAUCAGCUCAACCAGUCUCGUUGGUCAAUCACUACUGAUGUAUUCACAGAUCAGACUCCUUUUGGUCCAAAGUCAUUCACUAAUAUAAUAGCCACUUUAGAUCCUCAUGUACCAAAGAGGCUAGUGCUGGCAGCCCAUUAUGAUUCAAAGUACUUUAAGACUGGAGUCUUCUUGGGUGCCACUGACUCUGCUCUACCAGUAGCUCUGAUACUUGAUAUAUUACUAACACUGGAUGAUAAACUACAGUCAAGAGAGCUACAAGACCACAGUCUUCAGGUAAUAUUAUUUGAUGGAGAAGAAGCAUUCAAGACUUGGACCGACACUGAUUCAUUGUAUGGCUCGCGUCAUCUUGCAGAACUAAUGAACUCACCAUCUCCUUAUGAUGUAGAAGGGAGGACUGGCAUUGAAGCUAUGGAAGCUUUCAUUCUUCUUGAUCUGUUAGGAUCAGUAGAUCCUCAUGCAUUGUUUUAUGAUACCUAUCCAGCUGGUAGCAAAAUAUUUGAAAGACUCCGAAAGAUUGAAAAGAAGCUUCAUCAAGAGAAGCAGCUGGUAGAACAUACACGUCAGCACUUUGUAGAGCAGGCAGCUCAUGGCUACUAUAAAAUUCAAGACGAUCACAUUCCUUUCCUAAAUAAAGGUGUUCCAAUAGUACAUGUCAUUCCUGUCCCUUUUCCUUCCCAAUGGCACAAGUUAUCAGAUAAUGCUAAUGCCAUCAAUUGGAACAAUGUCCUCAAUCUCAAGAAGAUAUUCACACUAUUUCUCUACGAGUACUUCCAUCUCCGCUAGAAAGUACAUAACUACUAGUGAUAGAAUCACUGUUGCAACCAUUGAAAGGCUAAAGCAGAUAAAUUAUUUUGACUUAUCAUAAUUAUUAUAAUUUAAAUCAUCUUUAACCUUUAAUAUAUUUACCUUAUUUUUAAAAGAAAUAAAUACAGUUCUAUUAUUAUUAUUUAAUGUGACACACAGUUUAAGAAGACAAUAUUUAAAAAUAAACAAUCAACCAACCUUUGUUGUCAUUAAUUAUUGUCUAAUAACUCGAGAUGACCUCUUGCAUGCAGGCAAAUGUUAUUCACGACUGCUGGGAGUGUAUUCAAAACUUUGACACAAGAAAUUCAAAUACCACAUUGUAUUACAGUUCCUAUAAUGAAUAAUGGCUAGUGUUUACACAUACCACACACAUCAUUCAAGAGCAUGGUAGGCACAUUUAUCAGCAUUCGCUGGCCAUACUAAGUGCAAAGUGUGCCUGACCUUUUUAAAGAUUGGACCCCUUUUCAUGGUGGGUUUUUGGCUCACUGCUUUUUCGCUUGCAUUAGUAACAAUAUUUGUGUCAAUUUUUUAUUGGGUAAAGGU